CUUCAAUCUAGAAUCCAAUUUAUUCAGCUCUUCCAUGAUAUGAUGAGAAAUCCGGAUAUAGCCAGAAGUUAGAUGGAGAUAGUAAGCGGGGUUUGCGUCUAUUGGCAGGUAUCUCCGGCCCCCAUGCAACAUGACUGCUAUAAGAAGCCCAGUUCCUCAUUCCAGUCCAUCAAGUCUACAGUCUAUAUAUUUGAGAUACAAACAAUACUCGAAAUGUCUCGAAUUCUAGUUACCGGCGGAAGCGGCUUCCUUGGAGGCGUCGUGGUGGACACACUGCUGGCCCGCGGCCACUCGGUGGUGACGACGGUGCGGUCGGAGGAAAAGGCAGAGGCGAUGCGGGCUACGCGACCGGACAUCGCGCAGGACAGACUUUCGUUUAUGAUAGUGAAGGAUAUUGCGAAACUGGACGCGUUUGACGCCGCUGUGGUGUCCGAUCCGCCGUUCGACGUCGUCGUCCACACGGCCAGCCCCUUCCACUACGCCAUCACCGAUCUCCAGCGUGACAUGCUCGACCCCGCAGUCAACGGCACAGUAGGCAUCCUGCAGUCGAUCGUGAAGCACGCCCCGACCGUACGCCGCGUCGUCAUCACAUCCUCCUUUGCAGCCAUGUACAACGACGCCAAACCGGCGGGCUCAAAGUACUCCGAGGAAGACUGGAACCCCGUCACCCCCGAAACGGCUCUGGAUGCAGAAAACUCCCAGGCGGGAUACCGCUCCAGCAAGGCUUUGGCGGAAAAGGCGGCCUGGAAGUUUGUCGAAAAGCACAAGCCCAGCUUCACCCUUAGCAUGAUCAACCCGUCGUUGAUCUUCGGCCCGGUGUCAGCCUCGCUACGCUCCCUCGAUGAGAUCAACACUUCCAACGCGCGGAUCCGUGACUUCAUCCUUGGCAAAAGCAAGGACAAGUGUCCGCCCACGGGGAGCCAGUUCUGGGUCGAUGUGCGCGAUGUCGCGCUGGCGCAUGCCCUGGCUGCUGAAAAGCCCGAGGCCGGUGGUAAACGCUUCUUCCUGACCGCAGAUAACCUGUGCAACGCAGACGUCGUUGCCGUCAUCGCGGAGGAAUUCCCGGAUCUUGCCGCGGGACUGCCCAGCGGCGAUGCCCUUGCUGCCGGGCAGUUCCCUCCGGGGGGGCCCAAGUACGGCUUCGACACGUCCCGGUCAGUGAGGGAGUUGGGAUUGCAGUAUCGCACUCUAAGAGAGAGUAUUUCUGAUACGGUGAUGAGUAUCCAAGCAGCUCAGAAUCGUCUUUCACAAUGAGUAUCUACUCUUGAAAAGUUAUGACGUGAUCCCUUGAAAGUUUAUGAUAAUGAAGAGCGUGUGAUAUUGUAUUCAAAUCUAAAAUGACUAUUUACCCCGUCUGAAGACAUUCUAUACCAAAUGAAUAUCUAAGUAUACUUCAGACAUCCCCUCAAAUAAUUUUCCACCUGGGUAGU